CCAUCCGUUCGCUGCCACGUCUGCCAUUCUUAUUCCUCCCACCGGAUCAAUCCGUCUCCAGGGCCCAGCCAGCAUGGCUCCCACCAUCCCCUCGGCCAAGCUAACCCUCUCGUGCCCGCUCUUUGCUGCCGACUUCGACCCGCGCAACCACAGCUUUCUGCUGGUUUCUGGUGGUGGUGGUGAGGGCCGCAGUGGGGUUGGCAACAAGAUCGUCCUCCUCAACACCUCCAAACGCCAAGAGAUCUCCGAAGUCGUCGACAUUGAAUUGUCGCGCGAUGAGGACUCAGUCACCUCCCUCGCCGCCGCCCAGACCACCGACGACGCGAUAAUCGCCCUGGCCGGCAUCAACAGCUCCGUCGCCGAGCAGAAGCGAGACAACAACCAACAUCUGCGAUCCUUCCGCAUCGAUUAUCCCCCCCGGAAAUCCGGCUCUCUCAAAGGGAAAAAGAAGAAGGCCGCGUCCUCCCCCGGCAAAACCACGCCGCUAUCACGGGCGUCGCUCUUCCGCACCCUCAAAGGCACCAAGGCCUCGUCCGACACCUACCAGCGCACCCUGCGCCUCUCCCCAUGGAAAGCCGACUCGGAAUCCCCGCGAGUCGCCGCCAUCGCGACCGGCCUGGCCCCCGCCGGUGAGGUCGUCUUCUUCAGCGCAACCGCUACGCCCAGCACAUCCGACGUCAUCGGACGAAUCCGUCUCAACAGCGACGAGGAGGCCGAGGACGUCGACAUAACCGAUCUGCCCAGCAAGGGCCAGUUCCGCGUCGCCUACACCAACGGCGUUGACGUCUUCAUCUGCCAGAUCUCGGCCGACACCCGCUCCAACGCCUCGCCCGACGUGCAUUGCGUUUACACCACGCCCUUGCCUGAGAAGGGGCUCCGGGCGCGGCCUAAAUUCCGGGCUUUGCGCUUCCUCUCCCCGACAACAUUGCUGCUGCUCCAAAACGCCCCCGACCGCAAGGGCUGUGAGCUUGUCCUCCUGGAUCUCCGCCAGGCCACCUCCGGCCAGAAAAGCACCCCCGCAGGCAAGGCGCCCAUCGUCCGCCGCAAGAAGCUCCGCAAAACCAUCAAGAUCGGGCUAGGCCUGGACAUCUGCAACUUGGGCCCCGGCUCCGACCCGGACAACCAACAGCAGCAGGCCGUGGUUGCCAUCUCCGGCAGUGACCAGUCCAUCGAGAUCCUGACGCUGGAUUUCAACCCGAUGACCAGUCGCUACGGUGUGCUCCAGCAUUUCUCAUCCCUCCGCGAAGUUCACCCCUUCGCCAUGACCAAGCUCUGCUUCUCUCCUUUCCACCCCCCAUCCCAUCCCGUCUCCCCCGAAACCCCUCCACAAUACAUCAAACUAGCCUCGGUUAGCAUGGGCAACACCGUCGUUGUGCAUACUCUCCCCCUCUCCCCCUGUCCACCCACCAACCGCUACCCGCGCUACGUUCUCUCCAUGCCCGGCGAGUCCGAGAUCUGGACAAAUCUCACCAGCGGCUUUGCCGCCCUCCUCUCCAUCCUCAUCGUCUGCUUCGUCCUUCAGGCAUUCACCGAAAUCCGCGGCGCCAUGCCCCCCUAUCUGGGCGCCACGGACUGGCUGCCCCCUAGCAUCCGCGACGCCGUCGCCCGCCCAUACUAUGCCCCGCCUCCUCCUCUUCAUUUCCCAUCUCCAGAAACCACUCUAGACACCCCACCCAAGAUCCGCACCCUCCACGACCUCAUCACUUCAUCCCAGCAACCCCCCCUCAUCCACUGCAAUCCAAGUACAAAUACCCUCCUCAUCGACACCGCAGACCCGAUGGUCUUAGCUGAAUCCGAUUCCAACACCCAGCAUCAACAUCACCGCUGGAAAGACCUCCCCUCGGAGAUUCGCCAGCGCUGGAUCCUCCAGCUCACGCAGGCAGGCUACGAGGCGUCCACCGACGACUCCGAGUCGGUUCUAGAUAGGGUGUUAUUCGGGACCAUGUGUACAAAAGUACCCAUCGAGGAGGUCAUCUAAAAUCUCUCUACGCUGCAUGGAACGAACGAAUGGGUCUCAAUGUGUUCUGAUUGCUUGCUGCUCAAUGAGUUUCUAGUUGUUGGAAAGAUUGUAUGUGGUGGGUUUAGAGGUUGAUGAUUAACGGAUGAUGGAUGGUUGGAUCCUGCUGUUUGGCUACUACUAUGGAUUGCCUUGUCUUGCCUUGCAUUGCAUUCAUUGGAUGUGGUUGUCGUUGAGAUGAUGGGUUGGAUUGGAUUGCGGGAUGCGGGAUGCGGAAUGCGGGGCAGUCCUUGUGUCUUGUUCUGCGGAGUAUUCGAUUACCAUACCUACGAUUGUACGCUAUUAUUGACCGUGUCAUAUACAACUAUACUAUUAUCACUGACCUUCGGUCUGGUAGUGGUUAUUAUUAUCACAGAAGAAGAAGAAGAGGCAAGUAUUCUUUUUGGUAGGCCCCUUGCUCCUAGUGCCCUCCUCU